UCAUCAUCUAUAAAACCAAAAAUGGUGUCUAUGGAAUUAGAAUGGUGGUUAUUUCCAUUUAUUCCAAGUGUACCUAUGGUUUCAUCAAUAUUAUUCACCAUGCUAGUAGGGUUUGUAUGGUACCUUUAUGGGCCCUAUUGGAGGCUAAGAAGAGUUCCAGGCCCACCAUCUCUUCCUCUUGUAGGACACCUUCCAUUGCUGGCUAAGUAUGGCCCUGAUGUCUUCUCUGUCCUUGCAAAGCAAUAUGGCCCAAUUUACAGAUUUCAUAUGGGAAGACAGCCACUAAUAAUAAUAGCAGAAGCAGAACUUUGUACUGAAGUUGGAAUAAGAAAGUUCAAACAAAUUUCAAAUAGAAGCAUUCCUUCUCCUAUUUCUGCUUCCCCACUUCACCAAAAAGGUCUCUUCUUCACCAGGGGUCAACGUUGGUCAACCAUGAGAAACACCAUAAUCUCAAUGUACCAACCAUCACACUUGGCCAGCUUAGUGCCAAGAAUGCAAUCAUUCAUAGAAUCAGCAACACAAAAUCUACAUCACAUCACAAAUACUAAUGAAGACAUAACAUUCUCCAAUCUCUCACUUAGGCUUGCAACCGAUGUAAUUGGUGAUGCUGCAUUUGGUGUCAACUUUGGACUGUCAAAUCCCAAUUAUUCAUCUAAUUGUGAUUUAUCAAUCAAGAACAAUAAUAAUGUUAAUGUUAACAAGGAAGUUUCUGAUUUCGUUAAUCAACACAUUUAUUCCACUACACAACUGAAAAUGGACCUAUCCGGUUCAUUUUCUAUCAUACUAGGAUUAAUUGUACCAUUGCUUCAAGAACCGUUUCGGUGGAUCUUGAAGCUGAUUCCGGGUACCAUGGAUCAGAAAAUAGAGAAUACCAACAGGAAAUUGAGCCGCCGACUCGACGAGAUUGUGAAAAUGAGGAUGGAAGAAAGUAACAGGAGUUGCAAGAAUUUCUUGUCACUUAUUUUGAAUGCAAGGGAAUCAAGAAAUGUGUCUGAGGAUGUGUUCACACAUGAUUAUAUUAGUGCUGUUACUUACGAACAUUUGCUUGCAGGGUCAGCUACCACUUCUUUUACACUGUCCUCUGUUGUUUAUUUGGUUGCUGGCCAUCCUGAAGUUGAGAGCAAGUUGAUUCAAGAGAUCGAUGGCUUCGGUCCGCCUGAUCAGAUACCGACUGCCCAAGAUCUUCAAGAUAGUUUUCCUUAUCUUCAUCAGGUUAUUCAAGAGGCCAUGAGGGUUUACACUGUCUCCCCAUUAGUUGCAAGAGAAACAUCAACUGAAGUAGAGAUAGGAGGUUAUCUCCUUCCAAAGGGAACAUGGGUGUGGCUAGCACUUGGAGUUCUAGCAAAAGACCCAAAACAAUUUCCAGAGCCAGAGAAGUUCAAACCAGAGAGAUUUGACCCUAAAUGUGAUGAGAUGAAACAAAGGCACCCUUAUGCAUUUAUACCAUUUGGAAUUGGUCCUCGUGCCUGUAUUGGCAAAAAAUUUUCCCUACAAGAGAUCAAGCUUUCUCUAAUUCAUUUGUAUAGGAAAUAUUUGUUUCGCCAUUCACCUAACAUGGAAAAGCCUUUAGAACUAGAAUAUGGUAUAGUUCUCAAUUUCAAGCAUGGUGUCAAGCUUAGAGUCAUAAACAGAACAAAUUAAGCUAGAGUGACCUACGUAAAGUUUAAUUAGACCAUACAAAUUGUAUUGUGAUGCUAUAGCUUUAAGAAAUAUUAUAGAAAUAAUUAAUAUUGUUAAA